AUGGGUAAUGAACAGUCGGCCCCUUUAGGCAGGCGGCCCCAAAAUAAACUGUCGAAGCCGAAAACGAACGGCGCAAUUUCGAAUCUCCUGAGCCUGAACUCGAACCACUCAAAUCCGACGACUCGCCAGAAUUCAGUCUCGACUGCAUCUAUUUCACAUACUCCGUACAAUUUCACUCCGAUUGAAGGGUUUGCAGGCGAGGCUGCAGACAGGUGGAGAGAUGACCAGCCAGUUCAGCGAAAGCGAAUGAGCCUUUUCAGGUCCAAAAGCUCGCAGGACAAGCCAAAACUACACCUGACAACCGGUCUCGAGCCAAACUCCCCUGAACCAAGCCCACUUGAUCAGCCACCACUUCCCAGACGGUCGAGAGGAUCGAGUCUCAAAGAAAGAGGCAGUCCGGUGAUGUUCAAAAUCGGCGGAGAGGAGCCUAAUGAAUCACCUGUAGACAUGAGCCGUCCCCAAAUUCGAAAUCGAAAUUCGAUCCAAAGCUCGAACCACCAGACCAGACUUUCACUCGUUGCUGAAGUGCCUUCACCACAAUCGGAGGUACCGAGGAGACAAUCUAUACUGGAAGAAGACAACAAUCCAAUUGGACAGGCACUCACUACAAGGUCAAACUCGGACACUGCCAUGUACGCGCCCAUCAGGAGGAAGUCACUCCUAGCCCAUGGAGUUGCAACAAGGGCGAGCUACGUGGAGCCUGAUCCACCCCAGUCUCAUCCUCCACGAUCAGAUUCUUUGAACGACAUGGAGAACUAUCACUACAAUCCAUCGAAACCAACAUCUUCCCCACUCUCAGAUCUCGCAAUGCUGGGCCCAAAGCCGGCAUUUAUGAACGAGGGUCCACGAGCGGAAACACCCACCGAUCAGAAUUAUGGGCAUCUAGGUGGAUUCAAUGGGACAUUGAGGAUCACUAAUGGAGCAGCAAGCCCGGCACCGAGUUCUCACAAAAGAGCCAAUAGCCUGGGUGCGGAAGAGGACGAUUCCGAAGCCAAGAAAGGCCCAGCAAUGGGGCAUCGCCAUGGUCUCAGCCAGCGAAGCAACACCAUAUCCGUUCCAGCAGAAGCUACCAAAUCCCCUUGGACGGUCCAAUCGGAAUCGCCUCUUCGAACGUCUCAAUCUCAAUUUGAGCAAUUGGCAAUUUAUAGACAAGUGCCAAAUGGCCCGCCAUUUUCAAUGCACGAUUUCGAGGAACAAAAGAAACAUUUCAAGAGAAAGGAGGUCCCAACGAAGGCUCAAGAACCGGCGGACGAUUACACGCAUGACAGCACUCUCAGUCCGUUCUCAUUCGACAACUCCCCUCCAGUUUCGCCGCAAUUCCAAGUUACGAGUAAGCAUACGGCAUUGGAAGACGAGCUUUUCGAACCUGAACCGGGCACUCCGAACCCGUCUGCGCCGCCUGCGCCGCCUGCAGAUCACGGAUCUCAUCUGCCAAGAUCGUUUGAUUCCGGAUAUGUUGGGGGAGAACCUUCGCCGACACUAGAAGCGGGCAAAGAACCUCAAGAAUCGGCAUCAAAAGGUCUCGCGAAAGCAGACAGCGGAUACAGCUCCAAUGUAUCCCUCAGGUCCUUCAGAAAAGAUUCUUCUCCCACCAAGGAACCAAGUCACAAGGUUUACAAAGAGCCAGCGUCUCGCGUCGCUUCGAGCACUGACUCGGUAGAAUCGGAAGCCACCCUCAGAUCCAGGGAGCCCCAACCGGCCCUUCCCGCUGAAGAAAUCCCCGAGCAGCCAUCGUGCCAGCCUCCUCCACCAUUUCGACAAGUUCCUCCUGCUCCGGUGGAGAAACAAUCCUUCGAGAGCACACCAAGGAAGGUUCAGCCUCCUCCUGUGCCGCAAGCGAGGGCUGAUCAAGCUUACUCGGCUGCGCCCCAGGCUUAUGCUGCCGCAACCCGCUCCGAAAAUAGACCCCAAGAAAUCACACCACCAGUUCCAGGUACUUCUGUACGAGAAGAAAGCCCCGCAACUUCUGACGCAUCCGCAUCACCUGGGUCGUCUUCGCGCUGGCGUCAAAAGCUAACCAAGCGCGAGUCGCAACACCGUGUUGAGACGGGACAAGUUUUCACGGUCCAAGCAAUCCGGUCUCCGAGCGAGGCAUACAAAAUCCCACCCCCCACCGUGGAAGCUCGUCGUAGACUCGAAGAACGUGAGGAGGCAUUCCCGGUGCAGUCCUUCCCGAAUACGAUUGAGGGUAAUUUUGUGUCGAGGCGCAUGUCAAUGGGCACGAUUUUCUCGGUCGGCAGCGUAGAAACCAGCGACGAAACAAAUUUUGCACGACCACCCGUUCCUCCCAUGCCAACGAUUAUGCAGGAGCCAGGCCAGCAAUCCAGGCCCGAUAAGAACAGGCGAAACACCUAUCAAGGACCAGCUCGAUCUCCGCCCAAAACUGAGCAGCAAGGAGAGUCAGUCCAGCCCGUGCCCCGAGGACGAGGUCCGUCCCCAAGCCAAUUGGCAAAUUGGGCCAGAAAAUCCCUCCAAAAUAUUCCUCCAGGACGAGUUCCUCGCCAGGUCGAGGACUUCGAAUCCCAUGUCAGUUCAUUGGAAACCGUGACCUCUCCUCUUAGCCGCGAUGCCGACGACGGCGCCCGACCAAGUAUUGUAGACCAGCGCGCAAAGUCCAUGACCGCACAAUUCGAAGCCGACGCCGCUGCACGUUUCGCCGUGUCCAAACAACGAAAGGUUUCCACUGCACCUGAGGCUUCAACUGUCAUCAGACCAAGGAAAUCCUACGAUUCAAUUGCAAACUCUGGCUCCGGAACUUCAACAGCAAACAGCUCGCGCACCAAUUUGAGGGACGUCUCUUCUCUGGUGCAGAACGGUGCAAUGCGUCGCUCAUACACGAAUCUCCCUGCUCAGCCAUCUCUCCUAAACCCAGAUGGGGUCGAAAAGCGAAAAUCGUCCAAAUCCCCACCGCCAAUCUCAAUGCCCAACCGCGUCCAAUCCGUAACCCGCAAGCCAGUCCCUCCACCGCAAUCCCAGCCCGCUCGCCUUCCACCACCGCCGCCUAUCCCUUCUCCAUCCAUACGGUCAUCCCCUCUAUCCCAGCAACAAGAUGCCUUGGCAUGGACCAACAGAAGAAAGAGCACGGCCUCACUCAUGUCGACGACCACCGUCUCCUUCGAGACCGCUCGCCGGCCAGACACCUAUGAAAUUGUAGACAUCGACGACUUCAAAAAGCGUCACGAGAAGAAACGCUCGUCGACCGUUGGCCUUCCUCUCCCAACCGAGUCGGCCCCGAACUCGCGGCCAUCUUCUUCGAAAGGGUGGGGCAAGAGUCGCGAUAGCAUGGUGAUUAGUGUGAGAGAUCGGGACGAGAUCCCUCGCACUACCUACAACGAUCUUGGCAUGAAGAAGAAGCUGAGAAAGAGCAAGGAGAGCUUGCACUUGCAGAUUAGACCGCGAUCUAGCGGUCCUGGUCUCGAUGCAGUGAGCGAGCGGGACGAGAUGCCUCGUCUCACUCUUCAAUCACCUACUUUGCCACUGCAAGCUCGUCGCUCGACCUCGAAGGAAAACAUUGGUGCGGGGAGCAUUGCGGAGAGCCAGAUACCAGAGGUCCCGAAAGUUGUUUUCGAUGCGUAUCUAAGCGGCGCUGGCGAUAUGGGCGGCCAGAGAGAAAUCAUUCGACGGAAGGUGAAGGGGAGGAAGAGCGAGGAGACGCUUACGCUGCGCGAUCUGCAGAUAGAAGAGCUGGCGAAGCGGAGGCCGAGGAGUGUACAGCCUUCGAAGUCGGAGCAGAGAGCGCUGAGGGAGCGGGAGCGUGCGCGGCAGGAGGAACUCAAGCGCUUGGAGCAGGACAGAGGGAAGGAGCAUCGGAAAUCGAGGUGGGAUGCGUACGUCCACAUUUUUGGCGGGGAUAAGGAGAAGAAGUUGAAGAAGGAGAGGAUUAGUGGGCCGAUGCCGUUGCAUGCGCAGGAGUACAUCCACACUUACGGGACGGCUCACACGUACCCGGCAUCGCCUCUCUCGCAGCAACAGCAGGAGGACGAAUACUAUGCCCAAGCCCACCAGGAGCAGCAGGAGCAGCUUGUGCUGGAUCGGUACGCGAUGCGGAAUAAUAUCAUGGGGAAUGUGAGGGUUCAGGGUUGA